GUCAUUUUUAGCUCCCCGUGGGCCAUUGAAGAUCGACAUCUGAUGAACCUCUUUGUCUUUGCUAUCUUCGCAACCCAUAGCUUUACAAACUUCUCGUUGGCCAGCUAACAACGGCAACUUAGCUUAAGCACGAGUUUUAAAUUGGAUUACCGUGCAAAGAACAACAUGGCGUCGUUCAGAAUUGACGAUAUUUUAGCUCGACCACAGGUAUCCCGGUCCCAAACUGGCAGUGGAAUUGGCGCAUCAACCCCGAUACCAAAUUAUCAACAGUUAAGCUUUGGCGUAGACCAAAUACUCGCAAGACACGAAACGGAACAAAGAGAAAGACUACCUGUGUUAGGUGCUUACCCAUUGGUUCCUAGCGCAUGUGAUCACUUACACGCCACUUAUUGGGCUUCACCUUAUUUAGCUACGCAUGCGCAGCCUUUACUUUGUGGAUCGCUCCUUCAUUCAAAUUGUGAAGCUUGCUACAGCCAUACUCCAUACUCGUACAGCCCAUUAACAGGCAUGUAUGGCGAAUAUGGCACCUCUGUUCUUAACAAGACGAUACCAGGCCAAGUCUUACCCGGCCAACCAAAGCCGAGGAAACCAAGGAGGCCUUGGACAAGGGCAGUGUUUUCUAAUCUUCAGAGGAAGGGACUGGAAAAACGCUUCCAGCUUCAGAAAUAUUUAACAAAAGCCGAUCGACAUCAGCUGGCAUCUAUGUUGGGGUUGUCUGACAACCAAGUGAAAGUCUGGUUUCAAAACAGGCGAAUGAAAUGGAGACAAGAAGCGAGAGAGACAAUAACAACCGGCAGUCCUGAGGAAGGUUCAGAUAAGCAAGACCAAUAGUUUACAGUCCCUCACGGUCGUAAUAUUUUAAAGCUCAAGGAAGAGAAGACCGAAGAAUCAUCUCUUCACCGAGAAAUGAAAUAAAUUAGUUACGGAUGAAAAUAUGUAUCCGAAGUUAGUUAAACAGGAGUUUAAUUUAUUAGGUGAUAAAUUUAUCAUCUUUGUGUAAAAAGGUUUAGAAAUGCUUGACGUGAAUUCCAAUGGCCCGUUUCUCUAUGUCCUGAUGGUAACCGGCCUCAAAAAACUGUAUUUUUUUUUACUUGUUUACAUUUAGGUUCGAGACAUUAGUAGUUGUGAUAUUCCAUGAAAAUAUCAGGAACGAAACAGAAUGCACUGGUAUUUGAGUUCAGACCAGCUGCUCUGUUCCUUCAUAGACCUAGAUUUUAAAAUGAGGUCUCGUGCUAAUAAAAUAACCAAGACCUCGAGAAAGGCCCCAGGUCCGGUAACUUGGUUAAGUUCAUUUUAAUCCACGGACGAAUAACCAUGCAUUCUUAAUCAGAGGGUUUCAGAGUUUUCUCAAGGCUUUGCAACCUUCUUGUUUCUACGAGGAGAUUCUUUAUAUUUUAAAAUAAUUUUGAUAAACAUUCUACUGUUCGCAACUCGAAAGCGAGGCUACUUGGUAAACUAGUUGGUAAACUUUUUAUCGUGUUUAGUUUUAUGGUUACUUCUAUUACAUGAUCAAUCCCUUUGUAAAAUCUUUGAGCUCAAGAGCUUUUGCUUCACAAUGAAAGAAGCAAUCAUAUGACAUCUGGUGCCACGUGCAAAAAAGGUGCCAAACACGAAAUUCAAACAUCAAAAUUGAUGGCAUUUGUUAAAAGGCAUAUACAUACAUUAGUUCAAUGCUUAAAAAUAUUGUUUACGCUUUCGUGAUUCGUCAUAAUUUUUAGGAGGCUUUUCUAUAAGAGAAAAGCAUGCUUGUAAAGUAAAUUGAUGCAGAGAUACGUCAGAACUUUCUAGGAUAAAUGAAAAUUAGAAGGAUGAUCAUGAUGUUGACUAUAGGACUGUAAAAUGAGAUAAAUUUACAUGAAAUGUCACCAACAAAAUAAAGAAAAAAAAACUAAGAGAUAAGAGACUUAAGACACAGA